AUGGACGGACUGCUCUCUAUGAGCCCCCAAAUGAGCGAGCCGAUGCAGGAGAUGCUCGGCGCCCAUUUUGACGACAAAGACAUACUUGACGAGUUCCUGGAUAUGAGAUUAUAUGACCAGGGAGCAGGAGACGAGCGUAACCACUUUGACGAAGAAUUGCACGCGUUUGUGAAAAACGAGCUGUCUAGGCAAGGAUCGCACGAUAUCAAGAUAGAGCGCGACGAUAUGCCAGAGUUUAUUAUUCCGGAGCACACAUAUAAUGACAACGUUCACGCGGGCGGACAGUCGGAAGAGUUUGAAAUGUUUGAGAAAAGUCGCCAGCUGUUGAUGAAGCUCAAGUUUGGCGGCUUUGCGAACGUGCCCGAACUGCCCAGCUUCGAAGAGCUUUCCGACAAAAUCCAGACGAGAGGCGACUCCAAUGACGUCACCACCAGCACUCUGCCUCCAGAGUAUAUUUCUUGCAACGACAACUUGAUGUACAACCUGGAGAUUAAAGAGCUGCCGUCGUCGUCACGGGUCGAGACACAGAUGAAAAUUCAACUGGAUAUUUCGCCUCCGCCUCCACAGUUUUUGCUGCAUCUUCCGCGAGACACCAUAGCCAAGCCUAAGUUGACGCUCGAAAACAACGAGAUUCCUGAAAGUGUCAAGCCUCAUAUGCUUUUCCUCGACACGUUUGUGGUUGGGGCCAGCAAUACGGCCACCUCCGACGGUCAGUAUCAGAAAUUGAGAUCUUGCAACGUUUGCAAACGCUGCAUGAGAAGAGAAAUGAAGCGUGCGUCGAGACGCAAACGUGGCAUUGCCGAGGACUCCAUCAACUGGAAUUUGAAUGUUCCAAGAAGAGCCAUCAUUUUCAACACCAAGGAGGUUAUCUCAUUCCCUAGGCCUACUGGUAACGCCUCAAACGUGAAGUCGAUUGACCUGCUGACCAGAAUAGUAUGCUAUUGCAGACACCACCAGGAGCCAAACGGGUUCAAGCUAUUUUUUGUGCUCAAGGACGCUGACGGUAACGUGCUGGGAAAAACGCUAUCUCAGCCGAUCCUUAUAAUGGACAGAAAAAAGCUGUUAAAGGAUGGCGAGCAGUCGAAUUCGCCAGAGCAGGAAAUGCAAGUCAAACAAGAACCAAGAACGGCAAUCAACUCGAUCGACGAGUCCUCGAGCGAAAAUACCAGCACCAGUGCAGCCACUCACGUGGCAAUGGCAGGCUCCUCCCUGGGACAACAAACGCCUAUUGCCACAGACGAUUCAAGAACAUACAAGCGUCAAAAGAGACAUUUAUCUCCAGCAGAUAGUACCGGAACUUAUUACGAUGCUGUCCAGCAGCAGAGAUCGAAGCAGGCGCUGGGAGCACGUCAGGACUCGUUCUCGUCGAGCGUCAGCAAGAGAGACGCAAACUCGCCAAUGAGCUCUGAUAAUCUCUCGCCGCAGAACUGUUUUGGUGUUUCUUCGGCAACGAGCAUUUUCUCGAGCACACCCGAGAAAAAGGCAUCGUUUGCUAAUCUCACGCAGAGUCAAUCUGGACUCAACCUUGCCAGCUCGCUCAACAACUCUUCUGGCUCGCAACAAUCAGUGCCGUCGAUUCAGCGCAUUAUUCCUGCUCAGGGUCCUAUCAGAGGUGGCAUCGAGGUUACUUUGUUGGGCUCGAACUUCCGGCCGGGUCUAGCAGUCAAGUUUGGCUCUAACGUGGCAUUGGCCACUCAUUGCUGGUCGGAUUCGACAAUCGUGACGUAUCUGCCGCCGGCAUCGCAAGCAGGACCGGUUUUGGUCACAUUCGAAGACUCUUCCAAAGAGGGAAGAACGGGAAUAAUGAACUCCACGUCGCAGCAAGUGUUUACGUAUACUGACGACUCUGACAGGCAGCUGGUUGAGCUGGCCCUGCAGAUUGUGGGGCUGAAAAUGAACGGAAAGCUCGAAGACGCCAAAAAUAUCGCCAAACGAAUCAUCGGAAACAACAGCUCCAACAUGCCGCAACAGCAACGGCAAAAGUCGCCGCAGCCAGCAGGCUAUGACGAGUGGGUUGAGAAGGCCACUCUCAAGAUGACAGAAUUAUCCAAAACGUCACUGAGCCACGAGGAGAUGUUGCUGAAGUUCCUGUCGAUGCUAAAACUGCCUAAUUCGCCGAUCGCCGUUCCAAACUGGGCUAUUUGCACUCUCGAAGGACAGACCAUGCUGCAUCUUGCGUGUAUUAAGGGAUACGCCAAACUGUGUCGCUAUUUGGUGGAAAACGGGUGUAAGGUCGACACGAGAGACUUGAACGAUCUUACUGCUCUGCAUUAUGCGUUUAUUAACGGGCAGAGGGGGCUGAUCAAACUGUUGGUUAACUACGGUGCUGUUGCGUCGAUGAGGCUAGGCGAGGAUAUUUCGCUAAAGGAUGUUUCCGACUCGAAUGUGCUGGAUCUGUUAGACGACACGAAGGGAGCGCAGUUCCCUUCAAGCCACAGACGGUUCUCGAACGACUCGAUCGAGUCGAUUUUCGACGACUACGACGAGCCGGCGUUCGACCCGAAGUUUGUUGCCGUUGGCAAGUGUGGCCUGAACAAGGCAGACUUUUUCGACAACGACUCGCCGGACGAGAGGUGGCAGGAGCCGGAUGAUGAGAUGGAGUUCGAGGCAGACGACGAGGACGACCUGGACGCGGAAUCACUGCCGGACGUGCCAAAGUCGGAAAGAAAGAAGACGCGUGCUACAGGCGUGAGUCUGUGGCUCAAGAUGCGCAAGGCUUUUGCAAAGAACGUGUCAUCGAUCCCAGAUCUGAGCGACAGCGACCAAUCGGACGACGCGCGCGAGGAGAUGCUUCCGUCGUACCACGAGCUGUUCCCUACAGAAGAGGGCGAGAGGGCGCUUCUCAACUUCCAGGGCCACGAUGCGGAGGCAAAGACCCAGGAGGCGGAGGACUCGUCGGAGGAGGCGUUGGAGUUGGCGCUCAAGUCGUCUCAAAAAACUUUGGACGCAGACAAGCGGUUGCUUUUCUUCUGGCUGCCGUUCAUGCUGCUUUUGCUGCUGGUGAUGAUUGGCAGUCAGCUGGAACUGAUCAAUCUGGACAAUUUCACGCUGGUGUCGAACGUGAUCGAUGGUAGCCGCAACCUUCUAGGUCGGCUGAUGUUGGGCAAAGACCGUUUCACGGGGCUACUGAACGAGAAUCUGAACUACGGACGCGAGAGGGUUAAUAAUCUGUUGAACGACGUGAACGGCGCCAUGCUCACGGCGGUGGGCGGCCGGUAA